UUAAACACCGCUAAACCUCAGAUAUUUUGCAACAAACAUUAGCAACAAAAAAAGUUAGAAAAUAUUCAAUGGAGAAAGCUAUUAUAAUGUUAAUCAUGGCAGUGGUGGCGGCGGCAGCGGCGGCGCAGGGCGAGGCGGCGGUGUCGUGCUCGACGGUGAUGACGGACCUCUCCCCGUGCAUCAACUACGUGAUGUACGGGGGAGCGCAGGUGCCGCCGGUGAACUGCUGCCAGGGGAUAAGGUCGCUCUACAACCAGGCCACCUCCACCCCGGACCGCCAGACCGUCUGCUCGUGCCUCAAGUCCGUCGCCAACUCCGCCACGCCGGCCAUCAUCACCAACGCCGCCGCUCUCCCCUCCAAAUGCGGCGUCAACAUUCCCUACAAGAUCAGCCCCUCCACUGACUGCUCCACAGUUCGCUAGGAUGGUGGAGAGUGAUUGGGGCUUUUCCUCAAAUGACGGAGCAGAAGACCGUACAACGAAGGAGUAUUAAUAGUACUAGAAUAAUUAAGGUUAUCAAUUAGGGUUUUUGUCUUCUGUCUAAGUAUUUAAUGUACUUGUUGUUGUCUUAAUAUUGAAAUCAGCUUGCUUUGUGUGCUUUUAUCUGUUUAA